AUGGAUAAGUUUGGGCCCUCUGGCGAAAGCUCACGUAGUGGGACACCAGGCGGCGCGCGUUUCGCUUCCCAAGCAGCUACUGCGGAGGAUCUGCUCAAGGCGCAAACGGUUGGCCUGGUCAAUCUCAACGACUACCGGAAGAGACGCGCGGAGGCCAUAGAGCUCAAGGAGCGAGGCAGUCCUGCCGUUGAACCCAGCACUGACGCACCACAAGAAGGAACAUCGACGCCAAAGCCGGUAUUCACGAAGAAGCGCAAGAUAGCCGCAAAGGGCAAGCUGUCAUUCGGGGUAGACGAGGAUGAUGAGAUCGACUCUGCUGUUUCGAAAGCGCCUACACCCCGCGAGAAUGCAGCUGCCGACAUGUCCGCCGUCAGCUCGGACGCAGAGACUAAGACCGUGAAGAGGAAGAAACUGGGUGCGAACACGAGCGUUGGCACGAAGCCUCGAGUGAUGACGAAAUCGGCUCUUCAGCGCGAAGCACAGCAGGCAGAUGUUGCGCGACAAGAGUUUUUGAGGAUGCGAGACAGCGUGAAAGCGACGGAGGUUGCCAUCCCAUUUGUUUUCUACGACGGCACCAACAUCCCUGGAGGGCUCUGUAGAAUCAAGAAGGGCGACCACAUAUGGCUGUUUUUGGACAAAGCUCGAAAAGUAGGCGCCGAGUUGGGUGUGGGUGGCGACAACAGUCGGAGGAAUUGGGCAAGGGUCAGUGUUGAUGAUCUUAUGCUCGUGCGCGGAGAGGUCAUUCUGCCUCAUCAUUACGAGUUCUACUACUUCUUGUUCAACAACGUCACGGGGUUCAAUGGUCCCAUCUUCGAUUGGUCUGCACAGCCAACCAAAGCCACUCCCUCCACCAGUCCUGUUGAUGAAGACUCCAACGCCGCCGACUACGAUCCAAUGAACCCGAAGAAGAGCAAGGGCAAAGCAUCAAGCUUUGCAGACAAAGAACUUGAGGGGUACCAUGAUGAUCCAUCCGUGACCAAGGUCGUGGACCGACGAUGGUAUGAGAAGAACAAGCACAUCUUCCCCGCAAGUGUUUGGGAGGAGUACAGUCCUGAGAAGACGUAUGCAAAAGCUGAGCGGAAGGACGCCGAGGGCAACCGAUUCUUCUUCUCUUGA